AUGGAAUCGGAUACGUUGACCAGUCCACGGCCAUCAUCGUCCCUCCCACGAGGAUGGCCCCGAUCCACAUCCCACGUCGCACCCAGCCAACAGCGAUACGAGUCCGAAGACCCGGCUACCGCAUAUCGCGCCACGGCUCUACGCCAGCUAAACGGUUCCCCAAGACCGCAGUCCCGUCCCCGAGUUGAUAACCCUCCGCGGCGCUCGUCACUCGCUACACGUCCCGUGCUUGUCAGGGCUUAUUCGGGCGAUGAGCAGAGAACUCCACGACCGUCUUCUAUGUCUGCGCGUCGGUUUCUGUCGUUUUCCAGUAGGAGCGGAGCUCCUCGAUCGCAGUCUGAUGUUGCAUUGCCGUCUGAUAAGGACUUCAGUAUUGAGAGUAUACUGCAGGCUAUCGAGCCUGAUAUCCGUGGGACUCUGGACUCCAUUGCUGAGAUCUGCGGGCGGAGUAAGCUGAGUCUUUCCAAUGAAUAUGGAAGUCAUAUUGCGCCGUUAGGCGAGAUUUGUGCGCCGAGUGCGUUAGCGUCUGUCGAGCAGGUCAUAGGUGAACGACGGGAUGAUAGUAAUGUGGUUGUUGAUGAGGAGGCUAGUCCUGUUGAUCCAGCUCGUGAUAUGCAUCCGUUCUCGUUUCAUCGGUAUCUGGAAAAUAUUCGACAGACUGCGUCUCUGGAACAGAAUGGUGACGACCAAGCAACUCAGAUAUUGCCUUUUCCUCCACUAUCGCCAGACAUAGACGCUGAGGAAGGUGUGGCUAUUCCGACUAUAUCAACUCCUUUCACGCGCGAAUUCGUAUCGAGACCGAAACACAGCGGUCAUGAUCUACUUGCAAAGAAUGCUCCUGGCAGUGCGGAACGGUUGUCAUUCCAGAUGGUCACGUCCGCCGUGGUGUCGGAGGUUCAUCUAGAUGCGACUGCAAAUGAUGGGUCUGCUGAAUCCAUUCCCUGCCAACCUACUCUGGGUGAUGAUUUGUCCCUCGGGUAUUCGACUCCGGAAAUCAUCCAGUCCCUCCUUGGGUGGCUGAAGUGGACUACGAGUAUCGCUGGGUCGGAAUCUAGCCCUGCUUUGCAGUCCGCGGAGGGUCGGCUACGAGCUAUGCUUGAUCGUCCAGGGAAUGAAGGUGAAACCUCACCUGUGCCUUGA